CGAACAGUGGGACGGCGAAAUUGACACAAAUCGAUUCAAAUUAUGGCCACGGAUCAGGUGGCGAAUCCUUCCUUGCAAAAGUCCCACAUUUGCACAGUUUCCGGAUGCGGUGCGUCUUUCACCAGGCCCGGAAAACUCGCCACUCACAUGCGAACACACACCGGGGAGAGACCGUUCAGAUGUGACCUUGAAGGUUGUUUGAAAAGUUAUACAAACUCGCAUCACUUAAAGAGGCACCGAUCUAUUAGUCACGAUAAGGUCGUCUCGACGCAAAUUAUGUGUACCUUUGAAGGCUGCGGCAUGGUAUUUUACCAUAAAUACAAUUUAAAGCGCCACUUAAACAGAAGCCACAACCCAGAGUGCCAUCUAUGUCCUCUUUCAGAUACGGACUAUCAAAAGUUUCAUAAGCACUUGCGGAAUCAUCAGACUUAUAAUUGCGACUGUGGUAAAAGCUUUAGUAGGUGGUCCGAAAUUUGUUCCCCCCGACGAAAGGAAUGCACAGUUAAAAAGGUAAACAAGUGCAUAAUUUGCGGUAAGAUUUUUUCAACCAAAGCGAAUCUGUCUCAACACGCCUUGGUUCACAUUGAAGAGAGCAAGAGGGAGAUUCAUAAAUGUCCCUACCUGGACUGCACGAGGAGUUAUCAGAGGAGAAAUAAUUUGAACUACCAUAUUGCGCGUUUCCAUCAGAAGAUGUCUGACAAAGUUCAAUGUGGCGAGUCCAACAGAGUGGACAUUUUGCAAACGAGUGGAUCGGUCGAGAUGGUCAGCUUGUUCGCCUGA